UUAUAAUUGAGAUCGAAAUAAAAAAUAUAUUCAUAGCAAUAACUUCACCUGAAUCCAAAUAAAACUUUCUUCAUAAUUCAAUUUGCUACGAAAAACCAUGGGAAUUCGUAGCAAUUCUCCUUCUUCUUCAUUUUCUUCAUCAUCUUCUACGUGUUGUUCACGUUUCUUGUCAUCGGCACUCCGAUCCAAACGCGUCAUCUCUCCAUCAGAGAAGACAGCUCGCGAUAAUUCCGGACAUGGUCUUUCCCGUCGGCUUGGUGUUUUUGACCUUAUACUUCUUGGAAUCGGAGCUUCCAUCGGUGCCGGUAUCUUCGUUGUUACCGGCACCGUUGCUCAUGACGUUGGACCUGCGGUAACGUUAAGUUUUAUAUUUGCUGGAGCAUCCUGUGUUAUAAAUGCACUCUGUUACGCUGAGCUAGCUUCUCGAUUUCCUGCUGUUGUUGGAGGAGCGUAUCUAUAUACAUAUACGGCUUUCAAUGAACUUACCGCUUUUCUUGUUUUUUCACAAUUAAUGCUUGACUAUCAUAUUGGGGCAGCUAGCAUAGCAAGAAGUUUAGCAAAUUAUAUUGUUACAUUUCUAGAGAUCUUCCCUGUUUUCAAAGAUAACAUUCCAAAAUGGAUUGGACAUGGUCUAAACAUCGGAAACGUCUUAUCCAUCAAUGCCUUGGCUCCGAUUCUACUAAUACUUCUCACUUUAAUUCUCUGUCUUGGUGUUAGAGAAUCAUCGGCUGUGAAUUCGUUCAUGACAGUGACCAAGAUAAUCAUUGUUAUUGUUGUCAUCUUUGCUGGAGCUUUUGAGGUUGAUGUUUCCAACUGGUCUCCGUUUGUUCCAAAUGGUAUAAGACCCGUCUUUACGGGAGCUACUGUAGUCUUCUUUGCGUACGUUGGAUUUGAUGCAGUUGCCAAUUCUGCUGAAGAAUCUAAGAAGCCACAGAGGGAUUUGCCAAUAGGCAUAAUUGGAAGCCUCUUGGUAUGUAUUGCAUUGUACAUUGGAGUAUGCUUGGUGAUUACUGGAAUGGUUCCAUACAGUCUUCUAGGAGAAGAAGCUCCUUUGGCUGAAGCAUUUAAAUCUAAGGGACUAAAAUUUGUUUCUGUUCUGAUUAGCAUUGGUGCUAUUGCUGGACUUACAACAGCACUCCUCGUUGGUCUCUAUGUUCAGUCUCGGCUAUAUCUUGGACUUGGCAGGGAUGGUUUACUACCCGCAAUAUUUGCUAAAGUUCACCCCAAACGCCACACCCCUCUUCAUUCUCAGAUUUGGGUUGGCUGUGUUGCCAGUAUUAUGGCUGGGCUGCUUAACGUGCGCAUGCUGUCGCACAUUCUUUCUGUUGGUACGCUGACCGGCUAUUCAGUUGUCUCAGCAUGUGUUGUUGUACUUCGCUGGAAGGGUAAGACAAAUAUCGAAGUGUCUUCAGCUAAGCGGCGGGAAGGUGUAAUUUGCCUCAUUGCUGUUGCUGUUUCUGGAUUUGCUGCGGGACUCUUGUUUCGUUAUGAAACUUCAAUUAUCUUUGUGAUUCUGGCUAUAAUUGUUGCAGUUGGUGCUUCUCUUGCUCUUCAUUUCCGCCAGAAAACAUCUCACAACAGGAAGAAAACAAGUGAUCACUUCAUGAGCAGGACGGUACGGCAUGGCUUCGUGAGAAGAAGAUUAAGUACUGAGGUUUAUGCAGCGGAUUCAGUAGGGUUUUCUUGCCCUGGAGUUCCUAUUGUACCAAAUGUUUGCAUCUUCUUUAACAUGUUCUUAUUUGGCCAGUUACAUCAUGAAGCAUGGGUGAGAUUUGUGAUUCUAAGCAUUCUUAUGGUCGGUGUUUAUGCGAUAUAUGGUCAGUAUCAUGCUGACCCCACUGCAGAUGAGAGUAUUGUUUAUCAUGAAGCUCCAGAGGAACCACCUCAAUGAGUUAUCAAUUAAAUAUUAAUGAAAUAUUGACCAAUUUAUUCCAAGCACAGGGGGAGAGGAGGGUGUUUCUUAAAAUCUAUGUAGAAAACAAUUAAUUGGUUUAGAUUGUAAUUUGUAUAUGGCACUAUCAGAAAGCAUAAUCUUUCCCAUGAAGAGCUCCUCUUCUCCCCCAACAUGUGUAUGAUACAUGAUGUAUAUGUUGUUUACAACUUGAUUAAAAGGGGAAAUUCAUCUUGUGUGAAUGUUAAGUCGAAUACUUCAA